UCUGUUAUCUCUCUCGUCUCAAUUGUUUCACUGAAACGAAGGGAUUGCCUUGUUCUCUGGAUUUUCAGAUCUCUUGGCCGGAGUUCUUGUCUCCUCAACCAACGGGAGAGAAGACUGAAGCUUCGCGUCGAGUCUCACUUGGCGUUCGCCGAUCGAUUUUUCUUCAGUUUUGGCUUCUACAGAAAUGUAUAAUAGUGUGGGAGCCCAGCCUGGUGUGCCGAGACCAUCUCCGAAUCCCCAGCCGAAUCCAUUCGGAAAUACGUUUUAUGGGGCUGGUUCUGGACUUAUCCGAGGUGGAUUGGGUGCUUAUGGAGAGAAAAUUCUAGGAUCAAGCUCCGAGUAUGUACAAAGCAAUAUUAGUAGAUAUUUCUCUGAUCCUCAAUAUUACUUCCAAGUCAAUGAUCAAUAUGUGAGGAACAAAUUGAAGGUUGUUCUAUUUCCAUUUCUGCACAGGGGUCAUUGGACACGGAUUACUGAGCCAGUUGGUGGAAGACUUUCGUAUAAACCCCCAAUAUAUGAUAUCAAUGCACCCGACCUCUACAUUCCCUUUAUGGCAUUUGGUACCUAUGUGGUUCUGGCUGGCUUUUCAUUGGGUCGUCAUGGGAAGUUCAGCCCUGAGGCUCUAAACUGGUUGUUCAUCAAGGGACUUCUUGGGUGGUUUGUGCAAGUUUUAAUUUUGAAAUUCACUUUGUUUUCAUUGGGUAGUGGUGAGGCGCCCUUGCUAGACGUAGUGGCAUAUGCGGGGUAUACUUUCACAGGGUUGUGCUUGGCUGUGCUUGGACGGAUUAUGUGGAAUUACUCGUACUAUUUUGUGAUGCCUUGGACCUGUGUAUGCAUGGGAAUCUUCUUGGUGAAGACUAUGAAGAGAGUCCUCUUUGCAGAGGUGAGGAGUUAUGAUUCAAGCAAGCACCAUUAUCUCCUGCUUUUCAUUGCUUUGGCUCAGUUUCCAGUUUUUACUUGGCUUGGUAACGUUAGUGUUAAUUGGCUGCUAUAAGGCUGCUUUGGUAUCGGGAUAGAAAAAUUCUUUGUUUAUAGCAGUAUCUGAAACGUUGUAUACAAUUUUCUUUGUAUUCAUUUCAAGUGAAGAUGACUUUUGCGCUCC